UGUCACCCUGUUGCAUGAGAAUGUCUUAUCCCACAUUGCAGGUGAAAAAAUGACAAAGAUCCUCUGUGGAACCUUUCAAGUGAUGCGGCAUCCAGCCUCUUCAUCUAGCAUGGCUCUGCCUAAGCAAUGAAAACAAGAAUGAAAGCCAUUCAAAGCACCGUGCAUUUCAACAUCUGUGCAAUGAAUUUCAAGGCAAUCCUAAUAACCGCAUGGAUUUGGUUUCCUGCUUUAGCAACAGCAUAUGGAACAGACAGUGAAACGUUUCCAAUCUGCGAAUCAGCAGAAUGUUUGGAAAGAGCUCAGCUAAUAAAUGAAUCGCUUAACGCCAGCGCUGAUCCUUGCCAGGACUUCUAUUCAUACGUUUGCAGCCGGUGGGAAAGCUCUCACCAAUCUGAAAUUACUAAGGGCAGCUAUGAUGUUAAUGAGGAGAUUGGUAAAGGGAUACCGGAGAAGCUAAGCUAUGUUCUUGGAAACAGAACCUUGGUUGAGGUUAAGCAAACUAUAGUAGAUAAGGUGAAAGCAACGUAUAAUGCGUGUUUAGGUAAGUUGCGUUAUUAUGCGAGGGCGGAGCUCAUGAAUGCAUGA